AAUUCUAAGGCUCUUGGUCUAUCACGAGAUAUUUGAGGGGUCCCUUAGAUAAGCCCCUAUGAGGCUUUCCCAUUAAUUCUGAUGUAAUUAACCUGAGCCCUAAAAUUCUGGCCGUUUCCCUGAGGGUUGUUGUUGUUGUUUUUGAAACGUCUCUGACGAUUGGUCAACAACUUUUCAUGCUAAAGAAACAGAGGAAACCAUUGGCUAGUUACUCAGGAGGCGGCCUAAAGGAGGACUCUAGAACGUUAGGCCCUUAGUUGCCAUAGCGACGGGUCGGCUGGGCAGCCCAGAUUCAGCCCUGGGGGACCCAACGAGGAUAAUACUGCACUGGAUUAUUGCAAGGACAGCAUGAAGUAUUCUAUACAAGAUUCUAGGCCCAUGACAUCCUGUCAUGGACAGUGACACAAGGAACUGCACCAGUAGGCCACACACCUGGUUCACACCUGGGCUGCACCUGCUCUCAUCCUGGCUCCACAGUAUAGAGUGUUAAGGAGAGAAGAUUGAGCAUUGCCGCUGUGAGAGAGUCAAGUGAGGAGCAAACACUGAAGGUGAAAAGCAUUGGUAGAGCACGCCAUCAUUCAUUCAGUCCUUCCUUUGUUAGUAAAUGGUGUGACUUCUUGAAGAAAAAAAGAUGGCCGAAAUAGAACUCAUCUGUCCACGAAAGAUUAACUGCUGUGGAAACUGAAUCCUGCUCCUGCUGUUAACAACUAAAACCCAGACUCCCAUGAAGUAACUGGUUUUAGACAUAAGACAGCUGGGUAUAGGCAGUUCCUGAGAGAAGAAAAACAAGGCGGGCUCUGCAAUUGCCCGAGCUUCCUGCCGGGGGCAGCUUCCAGACCACAGUUCAGGGUUGGGGGACCCAAACAAAGCCCAGCUUUCUGGGUUGGGGAGAUAGAAAUCAGAAUUCAGGGAGCCCGGAGAGGUUGGAAUCUAUAGGGGAGAACACCACAGAGGAGGGACCUGCACAGAUAAAGUUCAGAAAGAGGAAGAAGAUUCUCCUCAAAUAUUUGACUGAUUGGUGAUGACCGUGACAGUGAGAUGCUACUCUUCAACCACUAGAAUGCCUGAAAUUCAUAAAACUUACCAACCAAGUGUUGGUCAGGACAUGUAGCCGUUGGAACAACAUACUGCUACCCGCAGAGAUGUGGAAGGAUCUUGAAAGCUUCGUGCUAUGUGAAGAAAGACAGUCACACAACGGUACUUAGAAGAGCAUGUAGUAGAGCUUUUCAUCAAGCACAUGGAACAGAUCACAGAGCGUUGCUAAGAUGGAUACCUCGAUGCAGAAAGACCGACAGCCUGGCAAAAAAUCUUCCCACCCUGCCAACAAACUACAGAAAGGUUUUACUGCUGCAUAUCCAACACAAUCCUCCAUUCCUUUUAAAAGCCAGACUUCAACAGUUCCAGAAUCAGAAAAAAAGGGAUUCAAUAGUCAAGCCAAGAGAUUUUAUCAUAAAAAGGAUAGCAUCCCAGGUCCGGGGUUCUACGAUGUCAUUCACCAAUCUCCAGUGUUCAACAGUGCCUCAUUGUCUAAGAAAGGGACGUGCACUUUUCCCUCUAUGCGCUCCCGAUUGGACACCAUCAUUUCUAAAUACCCUGCAGCUAACGCGUACACCAUCCCUUCAUGUUUUGUCUCGAAGAAAGACUUCAGUAAUUCCUGUUCCAGCAUGUUCCAGUUGCCAAGCUUUGCCAAAGUCCUCAAAUUUGAAACUCCUGCACCAAACCAGUACAAUGCCUCUGUGUCGCACUGCAAGCAGAGAAACAACGUCUGUGCCCGAGCCGGGUUUAUGUCCAAAACCCCGAGAGGAUUUUUUGCUGUGGCUGAAACAGGACCUGCCCCAGGGCAUUAUAAUAUCAACGAAUCCCUUGUGAAACAGUCGCCAAAGGUAUUGAUGUCUUGUUUUAAAUCCAAAACUGGACGUGGACUGCAACUGACAUCAACAGGCCCGGGACCUGGUUAUUAUGACCCCAACGAUCACACCAAAAUUCUGAAAAAGGCUCUUAUCCCGAAGAACCCCAUCCUGAACUUCUCGGCGCAGCCCUUGCCCCUGCCCCCGAAGCCGCCCCUCCCAGGCCCAGGGCAGUAUGAGAUCGUGGACUACGCGGGGCCCCCCAGGCACUUCAUCUCUAGUGCGUCGUUUGUGUCCAACACCAGCCGGUGGACAGGAGCCCCGUCCCAGCCAGGCCUGCCGGGCCCAGCCACGUACAGUCCGGAAUUCCCUGGAAAGCAGUCCUUUCUCUACAACAAGGACAACAAAUGGAUCCCAGUGUUGUAGGGACCUCACACAAGUUCAGGGAGAACCCUGGCCACCGGCUGCCCCACCCAGGCUCCCCAGGACGUUCAUUCAGAGAAUGCCCCUUUCGUGCGUGACAGAUGACCCCUGGAGCAGCUCUGCCCCCACCCCUCCGCCCCCCGCUAGUGUAGAGCUGGGCUCCUGCGUUUGUCCUUGUCUUGAGCUGCCCCCUGGAGAUUGGACUUCCACGCCUACUGACUCCAGUGGUUUCCUGAGCAGAACCGAGGCAUGGACAGAGCCUCCCUUGGUUACCUCGCCAUGCACCUGUCCACGAUGGCUUUCGCAGGCCUCCCCAUGGAUGUAAGGGGCUGCUGAAGCUCGGACUCCAGGGAGAAGGCGGCCAACGGUAGAUUCCCCAUCUAGAAGCCUGACACUGAGCCAUGGCUCUGGGGUCCAGAGUGCACCUGCAGGGUGGACCAUGCAGGACCGCAGCCCCGCACGCUCCCAUCCUUCGGCCUUGACUGCCAGACUUCCCCUGGAGUCUCAGGAGCUGUGAAGGUCCAGAGGUGCUUGUGACAGACAUGAAGGGGUUGCUGGGCCCUUGUCUCCAGCUAAGCCUUUGUAUUUCACGUUCCGGAAGAGCAUGGCAGCCAGUCACCGUGGUCACUUGUGUUCAUUGCCACCUUCAGGAGAGGCCACCACAUCCACUUAGUGGCUCAGUGUUUGGCAGCCCAUGAGGGCAGGAGCCUGCUGGAGCCAGGGCCCCGGAAACCGCGAUUCUGAGGGGGCAGGGAGGCCGUGCGCUGCUUGGUGCCUGCGGGUUUGUUCUUUCCCCGAGACUUCCCUGUGCCCAGGCCUGGACUCCGUCUCCUCCCAGACCCCCUGCUCAAGUCCGACACGGUCUUUAGUGAUCUUUCCUGGCCUGCCAAAUCGGUUUUUCUCCCGGCAAGACGAAGAGAUUCCCAAAAAACCAAGAGGAACUGGAACUAAGCCUAUGUCCCCUCCUUCCCCAAAUACCGAUGUUCACAUCUGCAAGUGCAAGGCUCUGGUGCAGCCCCCUGCCCGCUCCCCACACAGUCAAGGCCUCUCACUCCCCGGGCCCCACCUCUGACUUUUCUCUGUGACCAGGGAAUGGCCUUCCUGUCAGAAUGGCGGCUGACUGGCCCUCCCUUUGGGGAGGGGUGGGCGAGGAAGAAGGAGGGAGAAGGCUAGAAUACCAUAUCCAAUUAAACUGAAUUCUUGCAUCUCACAAAAGUCGGCCUUUUAGUGAACCCCAGAUUCCCUCAAAUGCCUGCUGCUUUGGGAUGAGCGGGAGGUGGCCUGAAGCACCUGGCAAACCUUCCUGAAGCACCUGGCAAACCUUGAGGCAGGAUGCCUUCUGCUCCCCUCCUGUCAGGUCCGUAGCUUCUCCCUGAAGGAAAAGGGUCAUGAGGCUCAAGGUCAACACCUCGCGGGGCUGGGCAGGUAGUGCAUGGAGGAAAGUAGGUUAGGGCGGGAUGGAUUGUGGGAGCUGAGGCCGCUCGUCUCAAGGGGCAUCCAGCACGGCUCCAGCUAACUGUUGCCAGAGCUGUUCGACAGAAAUCUGGGAAGUCUUUAAAAUGCGAAAUCUCCUGAUUGGCGAUGUUGACAACCAUCUUUCAACUUGAAAUUUUUUAUUCGGGCUAAAGGAAACUUCUGCAGGCCAUCCAUUGUCCGCUUGGGUUCUAGAAGUUCUGGAAGACCCUUUCGACGUUGGCACUUGACGCUGUAACUUUCUUUGACCCCAGACUCUUGACAAUGGGGCCAGACCCCAACGCCUUGGUUUUUAGGUCCCUCGGACCCUGGGGGACCUUUAGCAGGAGAUUGGGCUAGAUGCCGUCGGCCCUGGGGUCUCUGUGGGCAGAGGCUGGGAAAUGUAUAGAAAAACGAGCAGGUCUCUCCUUCCGUCGGGCAGCUGGGCUCAGCACCGGCAGGUAAAGGCUGUCUCUCCAGAGGAGGGCACUCUGGGAAAAGAACGGCAGGGCUGCCCUUGGCCAGUCUGAAUCUGGGUUCUGUUGAGGACAUGACUGGAGCUGAAGCCCUGAGCUCAGAGGGUCUGUCUCGACCACGUCUAGCCCCAAGGUAUCAUGAGCUGCCUGUGGCUCCAUCCAGCCCAGUGCUUCUCAGACCCUGGCCAUACAAUAGGAUGGCCCUGGGAGCUGUUACAGAGACAGCCUGCCGACGCCCCAACCGUCAGAAUUCUGACUUAAUUGAUCUGAGGUAGGCUCUGGGCCUUGGUAUCUGUAUUAAAGUCCUCAGCGUGAUGAUAAUGUCUAGUUAGGGUUAGGGCACUGAGAGUUUAAUAAAGUAUUUUCCAAAUUUUAAUGUACAUGCCAGUCACUUGGAUAUCUUGUUAUAAAAGGCAGAUUCUGUAGGUCUGGGCUGGGGCCUGAGAGUCUGCGUUUCAUUUUCUUUUUUUAAGAAAAUUGAGAUAUAGUUGACGUAUAACAUUGCAAUAGUUCCAGGCGAUGUCGCUGCUGCUGGCCUAGGGACCCACUUAGGGUAGCAAGGGUCUAAUAAAUACACUUAAUUGCUCAACUCUGGCCUUCCAUUUGUU